CGUCAUUCAACACUCUCAACUCCCGCCAUUCCCGACACUCGUCAUUCCUCCCGCUCUUCUCGACAUUCCGCUUACUCCCGCUUCUAGUGAACACCGUUUUUUUUUUCUUACUGAGAGGAAGGCAAAUAAACCCAAUCACUUUAUUCAGUCUACAGUAGUAUGUUUAACCGUUCGUCUUCUUUAUUCAUUCUCCGCCCGUCAUCUCUCAUCUCACACAUCGCUACCCCCAACAGUAAUCGUACUACUGUGAGGAGAUGUUGUCCUAGCCGAGAACUUCCCGUGUCGCUCGACCCUCCAUCCCCCAGCUUUGGAGUGGUUGUCAACUCCAGGCCGGCCUUGCUCCGGGCCCUCUCUUGCCUGCUACCAUGGUCAUGGCCAACUCUAACACUUGUAGUAUGCAGCAAGCCGUUCGAGUGGGAUUUUACGAUAUAGAACGAACCCUCGGCAAAGGAAACUUCGCCGUGGUCAAGUUGGCAAGACAUCGCCUCACCAAAUCUGAGGUUGCUAUCAAGAUCAUUGACAAGACGCAACUGGAUGAGGCCAAUCUUAGGAAAGUUCACCGGGAAGUUCAGAUAAUGAAACUUCUGAAACACCCGCACAUUGUUCGCCUGUAUCAGGUGAUGGAAACUAAGAAAAUGCUCUAUUUGGUGACAGAAUAUGCCCCAAAAGGAGAGAUAUUUGAUUAUAUUGCACAGAAAGGUCGCAUGUCUGAGUCGGAAGCAAGGAAAAAGUUCUGGCAGAUUCUUUCUGCUGUGGAGUACUGUCAUAAUAUGCGUGUUGUCCACAGAGAUUUAAAGGCUGAAAAUUUACUCCUUGAUGCUAAUAUGAACAUUAAGAUUGCAGAUUUUGGAUUUGCCAACUAUUACAAGCCAAAUGAACAUCUGAACACUUGGUGUGGAAGCCCACCUUAUGCUGCUCCAGAGGUGUUUGAAGGCAAGAAUUAUCUUGGUCCACAGAUUGAUAUAUGGAGUCUGGGUGUUGUUUUAUAUGUCCUUGUUUGUGGUGCUUUGCCAUUUGAUGGAGACAAUCUUCAGACUCUACGGUAUCGUGUACUUUCUGGUCGAUUUAGAAUUCCAUUUUUUAUGUCAACUGAAUGUGAACAACUGAUCCGUAAAAUGCUGGUGUUGGAUCCAGCCAAACGGUACACAAUUCAGCAAGUCAGAAACCACCGUUGGAUUCAGGAAGAUGGUGGACCUCCUAAAAGUCUGCCCCCUAGUCCUGUUAUUGGUGCUAAGGGUCAAGUUGGAGAGUUCAGUGAAUAUAUUCUACGCCAGAUGCACAGUAAUGGUAUUGAUCAGCAACAUACUAUCGAAUCUCUGAAAAAUAAUGCAUAUGAUCCAUUCAGUGCAAUAUAUUAUUUAUUACUUGAUCGGCUCAAGCAACAUCGUAGCAGUUUUCCUGUUUAUAAUCAACUGGAUGCGCGAAAACGGCGACCAAGUCAAAUUGCUGAACAAGCCAUGAAUCCACGUCUUGCUUCCACCCAAGCACCAAGUGUAGUCCCAAAUCCAGCUUACCGCGUGCAACCACUCAAUACCAAGCAAAGUUUGUUCACAAAAACUACAGACUGUGUCCCUCCAAUUGGGCCAUCAACGACUGUCCCACAGCACACCUCUGGCUAUUCAGAAAGUUCUGAUACAACUAAUCGAUCCACUGCUAAUCCUCCACUGCCUGUAAUCCCAUCUGUUUUACCCCAAGCCACACCUAUUGCCAAGCCAGCAUGCCUCUCUGAUGUACUGUCUCAAACCUGUCUCAAACCUUCACACACUAUGACAAGCCAUUUGAUUACCUCUUCCAUUGAUGAGGGUGUUGAGGCAGAUAUAUCAGAAAUAGAUAGUUAUGGUUCGGACACCCGGACCAAAAUGCAAAAGUUUUCUGAUACAUCUGACAUAUCGCCCCAAGUAAGUUCUGAUAGUAACCAAUCUUCACCUUUCACCAGCUUUGAUUCAACAUUAGAGGCAGACAUUGGUUUAAGCCAGACAUCUUACUCUCAUGCUGGAUACUCAACGGCACCAUCUGGUCAGCAACCUGGCCAAGGAACAGUCAUUUCCACUACAAUCCCUACACCUAUACAAAGUCCUCCUUUAGUAUCAACUCAAGUAAGUGCUGAUUAUUCUCAAGACCGAAACGAAACACAUUCACCUGUUGACUUCCGAGAAGGAAGACGAGCUUCCGAUGGACAAAUGACUCAAGGUAUGAUUGCGUUUCGCCAACAGCUGCGUGAUACAACUAGAGCCCAGGGGAUAGCAGAACUCCGGCAAGAAUUUCAAGAGCUGGCCAGUAACACUGGACCCUCAAAAGGGACAGCUGAAAUAAACAAAGCUCGUUCCCAUCGUAACUAUCAUGAGAGAAUGAAGUGGAGACAGUGGUCACUGGAGGAAGCCCCAGCCUCCAAACCUCGACAGCUGAUAAAGCGCAUGAGUUUACCUGCUGAGACUACUGAUAUGCAACCUCACAGGCUCUUGGCCCUGAAACAGAGCAUGCAAGUUGAACAGCAUCUUGAUCAAGUCCAGAGUGAACCAACAACCCAACUAUUACUUCAUCAUCAAGGUGUCACUAACACAGCUACAGAAUAUCACCCAGGUGGUAAGAAGAUAUUGCAGCAUCUACGUCUUCAGCAAAAGAGGCAAAGUUUCCACAAGCAAUCUGUUCUUCAGCACCAAUUCCAGCAACUGAAUAUUGGUUCUAGUGGCUCCAAUGUGACACCAGCUUCCACCCAACAAGUAGCUCCAACUAUCUACCCACCUAUGCAGUACAGUAUGUAUUACAUGACACCACAAGGCUUUCCCAACACAACAAAGGUAAAAUCUACAACUACAAAGCUGGCCACUGUAAACCAGCCUGUCUCGACAUUUCAACCCCACAAUCAACAAUCCUUUCAAUCAAGGCCUUCUGAUAUUACGUGCUACUCUUUCUCCCACCAACCUACUCCAUAUUCACAGCAGGUAAUGCCACAAAAGACUGUUUGUCCUAAUGAAAUUUUACCCCCAAUUUCUUCAACUCCAUCAUCCCUCAUUUAUGAAGCCAAUCAGAAUCAACAAUUCAUAGACUCAUCAAUUCCUUCCCAAUUUGCAUCACCUUUAUUAUUGGUUCCCAAAGAAACAGCAGAAAAUGUCAAUACAAGCUGUUACCCUUCUUCAUGCGAAGUAUCUGCAUAUGUACAGUCACAGAAAUCCGCUAACUUGUGUAAUGCACUUCACUUAAAUUCUGUACAGACUCAAUUGCAAGCUGGUUGCCGAGUGGCGGCACCAAAUUUUACUGGUUGUGACCACCAAAUGACAAAUCUUUCUUACGCAUUGUCUCCUGUUGAAAAUAAUAGUAAUACAGCAACCUGUGAUCUCACAGUAAAUAACAACAACUUUUUACAUUCAAAGCCAGAGCAUAAUGUGGCCAGAAUGUAUUCCCCCUAUACAGGAACAACAACCAGUGAGAUCUCUGCCAAGUGUCUGUCAGCAAAGGAUUGCUUACCGCCAUAUACAAACAUUCAGGGUUCUGACCUAAAUUUUAAACACACUUCUGUUCUUGUAGAAAGCAAUGAACAACACCGAGACUUCAGUCAAACCAGAAACUUCACUGCUAGUGAGAACCAGACAAAUAAUGGUACUUUAAUCUGUGACGAGCAAAUGGAAUUAUCCUAACCAUCUUCAUGAACAUUACACCAUUUUCCUUUUGUUAUGUUUUUUUGUUUUGUUGUUGGUUAUCUAUUCAUUUUGUUUGUUUUUGUUUUGUUUUUCUCCAUUCCUAGACAUGGCUAGAGUUUUCUUCCAAUAUUUAAAUUUACAGCAUUAUUUUUGUUACUUUACUCUUAUAAUUUUAUUGAACCCACACACAUCUUCUAUAUUUGCACACACACACACACACACACACACACAUACAUAUGUAUGCACACACAUAAAUAAUAUAUAGUUUAAUAUCAUAAUUUCAGUGUGUCUUUGAAGAAUGGUUUGCUCACUGAUUCUACUGUCUCGAAGUGGUACUCUACUAUGCACAUUUUAUAUAGUAAAAAAAACAAUAUUUUGUCAUCACACACUUCGAAGUAACAUAUUUAUAUUCCUCCAUAAAAUUAAUAAAAUCCAUUUUAUAUUUCCUUUCAAAACACACGGGUAGCAUUGUAUUUGGAGUUAAACAGAUUUAGGAAAAGUUGGUGUCUUUUUUUAAUCAUUUUAUCUAGCAAUGUUGAAAUGAUUCUAAAAUAUUGAAGUUUACUGAGGAAUUCAGUCCAGUAUCAGGUUGGCAUUGCAACUGGAAUUUCUAAAAAACAGAAACAAAUUAAAAAAACUCAAGAAUAUCAACAAGAUUUUCUUUGAAACUUACCAAAUUUAUGUCAUCCUGGGUCUAAAGACUAGGACUAUAGCUAAAGUGUUGAGCUUAAGUUACUCAAGUUUGCCAUAUCUCAUAGAUGACAUUGCAGACAAUGAGAAGGGAGAGUGUGAAGUAAAACUGACCAUUCUUCUAAUUUAGUCUUUGACAAUAGAAUCAAAGUAGCUUGUAUACUGAGCAUUUCUGAAACAAUUAAAUCUCUUAUUCUUUUACUCUCUUUAUCUGUCUGUAUAUCUAUCUCUCUAUCCAUCCAUCUUUCUAUCUAUUUAUCCAUACAUCUCACACUACUCUACCCUACUCAUAUAAAAAUAAAUUGUUACUUUACAAAGAUUCUAGAGAAGGUUCUGAUGAAAUUAAUCCUGGUGGUUGUGCUGUCCAGUACAACAGAACACUACAUCAGUUGAUUUCAGAGGAAUUAGUUGAGUACCUCAUAAUCUCCAAGUUCAAAUUUCAUCAGAGUUACUUUUACCUUUCCAGAGUUGAUUAAAAAAUUAGUUGCAUUAAAAUACUGAGGUUAAUUAUAUCUAACUGAAAAUACAUGAAAUUAAUGCUCUUUUUGGAAAAUCAUUGUCCUUGCAACAUUCUGCUUCCCUUCCUCUGUUAGCUGAAAUGUCUUAGAUAUUGUUCAACAGAAAAAUUAUCAUUAUUAGUAGUAGUAGUAGUAGUAUUAUCAUUAUUUGAAGAAUGUUGGGUUGGAAGAAUUGGUAGAGCUGAGGACAAAAUUACCUUCAUGGCUGGUAUGUCCCUUUAUAAUCUGCUGUAAAUAAGUACUCUGGAGAGUUGUUAAUUAGUAACUGUUGUAAAUAUCAGGGUCACUGUUUAAUUGAUUGGUGAUUGCUGAUGUAUAGUGGUGUAUGGAGAGAAAUCACCUAUGCCUAGCUGUCUUUCCCUGGUUCCACAAUUACAUAAAGACAGUCUUCAGAAUUACAUCGACACAGUUCCACUCAUUAUACUAUAUAUUUUAUAAUUUAUAUAUAAAAUAUAUAUAUAGUUUCCUAUUUAUGUGAGGAUUAGAAAUGAAGAACGUGUCUCAUGGAAUUAUUUGACCUACUCUGUAAAGAUAAAUGAAAUGAGAGGUAAAGGGAGGGGCAACAGAGACUGUUGAACUAUUAGUACGAAACUUGAUAGCAUAGUUUAGAAUCCAGGAAUAUAUUUUUCAAAUGUUUCAACUUGGAAUUGUAGUACUUUGUUAGUUUCUUUCUGUAAAACAAAUAAAUGCAAAUUUUGUUGUUGACAAAAAAAAAAGUGAGAAUGAAAAACCCCCAAACACACUGGUGCUGUGUUCUACAUUGUUGAGCAACAACUCCUUAAUUCCUUUCCAAAGUAAACAUUUGUGGAUUUUUGCUCCACAACUGUUAGAAACUAUCACCAUCGGUCCAAUGGUGCUGGCUGAUGAGUAGUUUUAGAAUUUGACUAUUAGUUAUAGCAGAAGCAGCAGUAGUAGUAGUAGUAAUAAUAGCAGUAGUAGUAGUUGUCUUUGAACUUAUCUCCUCUCCGUUUAUCAAAUGAUGCCUCAUAUUAUUCUAGCUAAUUAGUAAUUUUAGUGAUAAUUAAAAAAAAUAUCUCCAUUGGUCACAAUGUCACUGUAUUCAUUUCAUUAGUCCAGAAUACAUGUAUUUCAACUAAUUAGAAUUUUGUAUACUAAUGUAAUUUGGGUGUGGAGAAUAAUGAAAUGUCUUGAGCGAUUCAACUGUAUAAUAAAUGUAUUUUGUAGAAUGUUAGAAAAUCAAUAUAUAUUUUUGCUUUAUUUCUAAAAUUCAUUAAAAAAAAGUUUUUUUUUUUAAGUGAAAUUAUGUCAAUACAUUAAUAAGCAUUACUUGGAUGGGAUUUUUUUUGUUUUGUUUUUUUUCAAUUAUUUAAAUUAAAUAAUUAUUUCACGAAAGACUGACAAAUGUAUGAUGUGCCUGUGAAGAAACUACUGUUUGAAAUGUGUAAAAGCUUGAACAUGAAGUAUUUGUAUUUAAUGAUAAUUUUUAGAAUGAAAUGUUUAUCCCUGUGAGAAUUAAAAUUCAGCAUAAUUGUGUGCAUUGAUCUGUUUAAAAAAAAAAUCUCCUGUCUGAUUCUUAGAAAUUGCCAAAAUUUUUACACUUGGAAUAAUUUUUACACCUGUAACAAUAUUUUAUCAGGAGUCAGACUUUGAGCCCUCAUGAAUUGGGGUGAAAUUUAUGUAACACAGCUUAUUUAAAAAAACAAAAUUUUUUAAUCACACCAAAAACAUUUUUAAAUUGUACAAAAAAUUCAUUUUCCCAACAUUUUUCCAAACAAUAUUUUUGUCAGAAUAUUGUUGAUUUU